GUAAGAAGACCUCGUGGGAGACGAUAAAAAAGAAUUUAGCAUCAGGAGACUUAGACCAGGUGUUUCAUCCUAAGUAAAGAUGAAAAGAAAGAAAAGAAAGGAGGUGAGCGCGAUUCAGGGGGCUGAUUUAGCCGUAAGAGGGGUCUUGAGUAAUAUGGCGGCUCACCUCAAGGAGAUGAAGGAGCAAAUGGUGCCAGGGAAGGAAAUGGCGGUCGGUCAGGCAACGAACAAAAGGAGAUAUGGAGAAGAUGAUGAAGGGGAUAAGGAAGAAGAGGAAGAAGAGAUAGAAGAGUCGGAACAGACCACCAAGGCUAAAGUAGCCCAGAAAAAGACUAAGAAUAAACCAACAGGGGAACAAGGGACUAGCAAGGGGCAGAAUCCUCAACAAGCUGGGACGUCAGAAGCACAGGCUCCCGCAGCCCAACUCGCCCCAUGGCCGGUUGUGGCUCCUAUGGGAGCGGCAAUAACACGGAAGGUAGGGGUGGCGGGGCCUUCCAGACCAGCUUCUGGCAGGGAACGACGACAGGGAUUGCGGCGGGUAACCAUAGACGCAGAUGGGAUGCCGAUCUACAAGAAGGGGGACAAUUUGAGGUUGUUUCUGAAGGAGUUCGAGGACCAUGCAUUCAGGAGGGAGUGGGAUACCCCAACUAUGUUGUCCAAAGUAAAUGGUGUGGGGGAGUGCCAAUUGAAGAUCGAAGAGAUUACCACCGACUGUCUGGGGUGGAUGACAUUCAAGACUGAAAUGUGGGCUGAAUAUGGAGAUUUGAGGAGAGAUGGGAUCGAGAAUGAUAUCAUCUUCGAUGGGACCAAUGUGAAAAAUUUUGAGGACAACAUUGCUCUGUGUGCUGAGAAGAAAGGGUGGAAGGAGGAGGAGAAGCUGGAACAGUUACUUCAUGAGCAGGAACUGUGGAUCGGAAGGAGAGGAGACAAGAUGGAAAAAAAAACUCGACAGGAGAUUGAUGAGGAUGAUGUACCCCUCAGGCAGGUGUUUGUCAGAAAAAGGACAACAUUUCAGAAGGGAGGUGGAUCAGCAAACAGGACUGCAGGAAUGCAAGAGAAGAGAAUAGGCAGGGAGAAGAAGCAAAGCAAGGAAGAAGAAGAGAGAGAGAGAGAACAGGACAUGAUGAGAGAAGAAUGGAAUAAGGAAGUGGAGGAGGUAGCAAGAGAAAAAGAGAGCACGAAAGAGAAGAAGGAGAGGGAAGAAGAAGGAGAAAAGGAAUCGGAUAUGAUGAGUGGGAAAAAAUGGAUAAAGGAAGUGGAGGAGAUAGCAAAGGAGAAAGAGGGCGCGAAGGAGAAUAAAGGAGAGGAGAAAGAAAGGAAUCUAACAGAAAAGGGGACUGGAAUGGCGGUCGCUGAAAAUCCUCUCAGGGAACCAGGAUCAAGGAGGAUGACCAAGGAUGAGAGAGAAAAUAGAGAGGAAGAAAAUAAGGAAUGGGGGGACAAAAUGGUUGCAUCAAUGAAGGAAGAUGAGUUGCCUGCAGAUGCCCCUUGGAGUGAGAAGAUUGAGAGGAUCUUGUUAAUAGAAUCAAUCAGGGGCUCUAAGCUACGAUCGGACCUGAACAAGCUGAUCCGGUUGCAUGAGCUGCUUCGAGAUGACUGUGAGUGGUUCCUUGAAGGAGGAGUCGAGGUAGCCGAAAAAUUGGAAGGAGCAGGAAGGAGUCAGAGAGGGAAUGACGAGGAUGAAAAGGUGAAGGCUUCGAUUAGAGAGCUCCAAGAAAUGGUAAAAGAAAAGAAGGAAUUACUCACACAGGGAGUAGCAAGUCACAUCCCUGAAAACCUAAGGGAGAUCCAGAGAUUGAGGAAAAGGGAAGAAAGCAGGGAUGCACAGGUGGAAAAGAUGGGAAAAGAAGAGGAAAGCAUGACGGUUGAAAUGAGCAAGGUAAAGGAAGAGCAGCAAAAGUUUAAGAAACAAGUGGAGUCUUUGAACAUUGCCCUGGAUAGUAAGAACAAGGAAGUGGAAAAAAAAAAGGUUGAACGAGAAAAGUUGGAGAAGGAAGUUGGCAAGCUGGAAGGGAAGGUCAAUAAGCAGGAAAAGGAGAUGGAGACUCUCAGGAAGGUUAGUUAAGAAGGAGGAGCAGAGAUGCCUACGAAAAUAGUUGAAUGGAACGAUGAACUGGGAUUUGAUAUCAGGAAUGUGACAGGGACACCUCAUGCACCAUGACAAGGCCGAGGGGGAGUAAGCGGAGAAGUAUUGGGACAAAGAAGAGAGAACAACGAUCAACCUAUUAUCAUUCCAGCUUCUGCUAACAAGUUGGUUGAGAUACUGGCAUCUGACACUGUUACAAAGUCUUAUAAUGAAGGCGAAUCAGGAGA